CAAUCUCGAAUCAUUCUUUGUUAAAUCAGAUUUAUUUGAUUGCUGCUAACAAAAAGAAGAAGCAACAAUGGCAGAUAAAUAUAACAUGAAGAAUCCAUCUGUGAAAAGGAUUUUGCAGGAGCUAAAAGAGAUGCAAUCAAACCCAACUCACGAUUUCAUGAGCCUUCCUCUUGAGGAGAAUAUCUUUGAAUGGCAAUUUGCAAUUAGGGGACCAGGUGAGACUGAAUUUGAAGGAGGAAUUUAUCAUGGCCGAAUUCAAUUGCCUUCAGAGUACCCAUUCAAACCACCAUCUUUUAUGUUGUUGACGCCAAAUGGGCGCUUUGAAACUCAGACGAAGAUAUGCUUGAGCAUAUCAAAUCAUCAUCCUGAACAUUGGCAACCAUCAUGGAGUGUUAGGACUGCUCUAACAGCACUAAUUGCAUUUAUGCCGACGGACCCGAAGGGUGCUUUGGGCUCGUUAGACUACAAAAAAGAAGAGAGGCGUGUUCUUGCAGUUAAAUCCCGUGAAGCUGCCCCAAAGUUUGGUUCUCCAGAUCGUCAAAAGCUCAUUGAUGAGAUUCAUGAGUACAUGAUGAGUAAGGCACCCCCAGUCCCCCCACCCAACUCCCUCGAAUCUUCAGAACCACCACCUGUCUACACAGAACAAUCCGGUGAAGCUCGAGCGAGUCCCCGAAAAGCGAACACAGAGAUAACUGAAGCCGAAGAACAACAUGAAGCUCCCGCAAAGGAGAAGAUAGAAGCUGAAAGCUCAAAGGUAUCAGAGCAAAUUGCUCCUGUUGUUCCUUGUGCUGCACCGGCAAUGGUGCAGCAGCAGGAAGCGAUGAAACCGGUUGUGGUUCAGAAAGCGGGUGAUGAGCGGCUCUUCACGUGGGCAGCUGUGGGACUGGCGGUGGCUAUUGCUGUGCUUCUGUUGAAGAAGUUCAUGAAAGCUAGUGGUCAUGGUGCAAUGUUCAUGGGUGAAUCUUGAAGGGUGAAAAUCAUCUUUCAGGCAUUCGAAUGAAUGAAUAUAUACGGCUGAAUUUUCGUAAAAUGCUGGUGUCAUCUUUUUAUUUAUAUUUUUUGUUUUGGUAAUGUGUGUAUAUAUAUAUUAUAUGAAAUGAAUUGUUAUAGAAAGAAGUAGUUGUUGCUCUUGGGGGUUUUA